CUUCAGUUAAGAUUUCGUCUCAACUCGUAAACAAACACACCAUGUCUGACUUACCAGAAAAGGAAGCUAUCCGUCUGUGUAGAAGCACUACGACGAUUGAAACUAUCGUAGACUUGACAAGGCACAUAAGCCCACAAGUCAGACAGACCGCUCUCAAGGAAAUGUGUCCUUGCAGGGUAAAAAAAGACCACGAAGACUUCUGGAAGCGUGUACUUGAAAUGGUUGGUGACGAGGCAGCUAACGUCCGAUUCCAGGUGCUACAUACGCUGUGUGACGGCUCCCCCACCCACCUGGAAUACGACGUUGCCGAGGCACUUGACAGAUUCAACAGGGAUUCUGACCCCAAAAUCCGCAGGACAGCUCACAGGGUCCUCACAACUUACUGGAAGACUGGAAAAUGGAACGUCCUAUAAACACAAUAGGUAUGCGCCUUCUAUGCAACACUCUGCGCCGAUCCAACCUUUUCUUCCAUGGUGCGGUGAAAUCAGGCACAGGGUAACGUGGCGCGGGCACACCAGAACCAAGUACGCGCGGUACAAACGUGCAAGGUACCGGUACAACAGAACCAGGUUCAAAGUAUCCAGUGACCGGCACACGAGAAACAGGUACCCUCGGUACAAACGGGCAAGGUACCGGUACAACAGAACCAGGUUCAAGGUAGCCAGUGACCGGCACACGAGAAACAGGUAUCCUCGGUACAAACGGGCAAGGUACCGGUACAACAGAACCAGGUUCAAGGUAGCCAGUGACCGGCACACGAGAAACAGGUACCCUCGGUACAAACGGGCAAGGUACCGGUACAACAGAACCAGGUUCGAAGUAGCCAGUGACCGGCACACGAGAAACAGGUAUCCUCGGUACAAUCGGGCAAGGUACCGGUACAACAGAACCAGGUUCAAAGUAGCACACGGAAACCAGGAACUUGUACAGGAGAACUCGGUACAAAGUUGCCAUAAUGACUGAUCGAUACACAAUGUGUCAGGUACAGGCAUUAGAAGGUGAUCUGAGUACCCUGGGUACAAACGCGUCUGGCCAGCGUAGGGCCUUACUCCGUGUAGUGAGGGUACAGGUGUCUGGCAUCAGUACAACAGAAACAAGA